AAAACAACAAGAUCCAUACGCUUAGAUGAUUGGUAAAAACACACUGAGAGGGAAGGGGCAGAAGUCAGAAGAGUGAUAAGUCCCGCCCUGCUGACUUGAACCUGCGGCUUAUCCACAGAGGAAGCAGAGAAGGGAUACAAGAGAAAAGACUGUAGCACAGUGGAGCGUGGUUCCUGCAGCUAAACCCUGUGAGCAAACCCACUGGACACAGGAUAAUCUGAAACUUCGUCCAACAACAGAUGGGAACAGAGGCAAUGACCCACAUCAGAUCACUGGACUGAGCUCCCAAGAUCCAGUUGAAGAGUGGAAGGAGUGAGAACAUAGACAGGCAUCAUAUUGUAAUGCUUGCUCUGUCACAGCCUUCUCGUUCCCUGUGUUCAUACUCGGUGGAAAGACCUUGCAGACAACUGUCAAACUGGAGUCUGUAUCACAGAUCCUGGAGCUAGAACUAAAAGAAUGAGAGAGAAAAACUGAAAAGGGCCCUUUUAUCAAGAGUCAUGGAUCAGUUAUUCUCUGAUACAUCUAAGAAUGAAGACCAUAGAGAUUUAGAGUCCAGCUUUACAGCAUAUUUUAAGAAAACCAAGAAAGAAAGCAAAAUCAUUCCCCAGGAAACCAUCGAUUCAAUUGAGUUACACCUGGCAAAAGGAAACAUUCAGGGGGCAAACUCUGUAAUCAGGGAUGCAUUAAAAAAUAUUGAUAAUGCCCCAAUAAACAUUGCUGUCACUGGAGAGUUUGGAGCAGGGAAGUCCAGCUUCAUCAAUGCCCUGAGGGGGGUUGGACCUGAAGAAGAAGAUGUAGCUGAAGUUGGGGUGGUACCAACAACUAUGAGGAGAACUCCAUACAAGCACCCCAAAAUUCAAACUUUGACUUUAUGGGACCUGCCUGGCAUUGGAACUCUGAACUUUCUACCAAAAGAUUAUCUGGAGAAAAUGAAAUUCCAAGAGUAUGACUUCUUCAUUAUUCUUUGUGCCACACAUUUUACAAAACUUGAACUAGACCUUGCCAAAACAAUCAGAUUGAUGAAAAAGAAUUAUUACUUUGUGAGAACCAAGGUGGACACUGAUUUAGACAAUGAGAAGAAAUGUAAAUCACGCACCUUUGACAGAGCAAAGACCUUGCAGCAGAUCAGAAGCAUGUGUGUGAACACCUUCUGUCAGAAUAACAUGGAUGUGUCACAGAUUUUCUUAAUUUCUAACAGACAUUUAUCUGACUAUGAUUUUCCAGUCCUGAUGGACACAAUGAUAAAGGAUCUUCCUGCUCAAAAGCGCCACAAUUUUAUUCUUUCCUUGGCUAAUAUUACAGAACCAGCCAUUGACAGAAAGCACAAGUCUCUGCAGCAGACUGUCUGGUUGGAAGCCUGCCAGGCUGGAAUUUUGGCUACUGUUCCUACAGUGGACAUCCUCAUGGAUCAUGUGGAGAAACUGAAGGAGAAAUUAAACCACUACCGAGUCCUCUUUGGAGUGGACGAUGCAUCCCUGCAAGUCAUGGCUAAGGAUUCCCAAGUGCCUGUUGAACAACUGAAAAAAAUCAUUAAAUCUCCUUAUUUGUUAGAAACUAAGAAAGAAGAAACAUUCAGAGAAAUGCUUUUGAGAUAUUUGGAGAAACUUGCCUUAGGUAAUGGUGGGCUCCUAGCUUCAGGUGUUUACUUUAGGAAAACCUUUUACUUGCAAUUUCUGUUCCUUAACACAGUGACUGAAGACGCCAAAGUUCUCCUUAGACAAAUUUAAGAAAGCAGUUUAAACUCAACUCACCACAGCUACUGACCAUGACAAGAACAAACAAUUACUAUCAAGAAGUCAUUAGAUGAAUUCCCCCUUCUGACAUAUUUUCUUUAGCCAAACCACUAUCACCAUGGAGACACCUAAAGAUAUGGACCAUGCUUCUUACUUUGUCACAGUCUGACAACCCAAGUCCCUCUUCCCCUCUCUGCCUGCCUCUCUGUCUUUCAAUUACACCUGUUGUGAAAUAUUCUUUUAAGUGUGCAAAGAUGUGUUACAAUUUUUAUGCUGCAGAAUAUUACUUUGUGUAAAAACCAUGGUACAUUUUCUCAUUCCAACAUGGGGCCAGGACUUUUAUGUAGGGCCUAAGAAAACUGAGAGAAAAAAAAGAACAAAAAAGAAGUUGUAUGCUAAGCAAAAAAAAGUCAAAGUUAGGAUCAGCAUUCAAGCUAAUAAUUCUGUGUCAUGGAUUGGGAGCUAAUUAGUGGCCCAAAAUAAAGUCUGGUACAUUCGCCUGCACACUUGAAUACACACGCACACACAUGCACACAUCUACGAAUGGACAUAUACAACACCCAAAAUGCACAAACACACACAAAAGAUAUGAAUAAGUACAUUGUAGCUAAUUCCUACUAAUCAGCUAAUCAAACAUUCUAAUGGAGGACUUGUCAUGCAUGUAUGAGGACCAGAGCUCAAUUGCCAGAACCCAUAUAAAUGUUCAGUGAUGUGGCAGCCACCUUGUACUUCCACACUCAGAAGGCAGAAACAGUGCAACCAUGGAGCAGGUUGACUUGCUGGACUGUGUUGAUCUACAAGCUCAGGAUUCAUUUGCGAGAACCUGCCUUGGUGAAAAAGGUAGAAAGUAACUGAGCAGGAGACCCAACAUAAGCCUGACAUGUCCACACACACGUAAACAUGUACACCCCACACAGGGACACAUUUUAAAUAUAAAAUAAUAUUUAGGAAGUAAAUAAAAAUCACAAGUCUUAGAAAGUAUAGAAACAUAAAAGUUUCAUGAAGCUCUCCUCAAGGUUAACAAGUAGUCUGUACAUUGUCUUAGAUUCUUUCUUCCCUCUCUUGUGUUCUGUUGGUGAGGUUUAAUUAACAUUAAGCGUGAGACUUCCCUUCAUCAGCAUCCUGUUGCCUAGGUAGAAGGAUGACUCAAGUCAGCUACACUUGGUCAACACUUGAUUACAUAGACAGAAAGCACCUCCUCCCCAGGUAGGAGCAGAGGUACAUUAGCAUAUCCUGACCAACUGUCAGGAUGGCACUGAAUUUACUUCACUUCAAAAAGGGGCCAGGUGGCCACCUCCUGUGCUAGAAUGUGGGAUUAAGCAUUGUUAUUCCCCAAACUGUCUGACCUUCAGAUAAGGUGGGACAUGGGUCUGAAUUUCUCAGCCACAAUUUCUUCACUGAUAUUAGAACAAUCGUUUCUAGGCUUCCAUAUUGGACUCUGCAUCAGUGGCUUUCAAGGAAGCUUCCAGAAUUUCAGUGCCAGAUUGGGACCUUGGAGUUACCCAGUCUUGUGGUCCAAAAUACUAUGGGGUUGUUGGCCUGCCUAGUGAAAGACAGCCAUUGUGGGUCUACCUGAACUGGUGAGGCAUGCCCCAUCAAAUAUCGAACCA